CAUGUCAUGUGUCUGCUACAGAUCUUGCUUAUUAUUCACCUCGGUUAUUGGUUCAUGAAAACAGAAAAUGAUUUUCUAAUUUUUUAUGUCAUCAUUAUUUAAUCAACAUAAAUUUUCAAUUCAAUUGUGUGGGUCUGAUCAAGUAGAAUCUUUACUCUGUUCUCCUAUGCAUUGUGUAGACUCCUCUACAGAUCCAGUAUAUUAUUUGCUCCUGCUGUUGUCUUUGAAGAACCACUUCAUGAUGUUAGAUUAAUUUAUUUCAAGCAAAACCAGUUUGGUUGUACAAGUUUGAUCAUUCAAUCUUCACUUAAGGCUCUCGGUUUUGUUGUUCAUUAUGUCUGCCUUUUUCCUCCGUUUUUAUGAACAAAAGCACCAUGGAUUUUCAGCCUGUCUGUUUUGAUUGCUAAUCAGCAAACAUUUCCAAUUCAGCUGUGUACAUGACUAAGUAUAAACUUCAUUUUGUAUCUCAUUCUUCUGUAUAUCACCUCCCUUCUACAGAUCUGUUAUUAUUUCCUUGCUGUUGUUGUAUGAACUACACCAGACACCAUAUGUUUUUUGUUCAUUUAUUUCAAUUGUUACUUGGUAACUUUUCCGAAGCACAUCGGCUAAUCUUAUUGAACGUACUUACCUCUCUCAAAAUGAAAAUACCUUCUACUUUUUUUAUUUUGCAACAAAUGAUCAUAACCAUGUAUAACUUAAGCUCGCUUCCACAACAGUUAUUUCACUUGUAUCGUUUCUUAUUCAUCAUAUUCCUUAUUAUGGUGUGUUUGGAUGGAGGGUGGAGGAGGAAAGGGGAAGAGGAAUUUGGAUUUAACCUUGUUUGGGAGUUCUAUUAGGAGGGUAGAGGAGUAGAAGUUAGGGAAAUUUUGCACUAAAAUCUUAACCCCCCAAAUUGGGGAGUAAAGGAGGGGAAGGGAACAGAAGGAAAAGUUUAAUCUUCCUUCCCUUCCCUUAGUGAUCUCCCAAACAUGUCAUAAGUAUUCUGACAUAUAACUUGUAAAUUUCAUAUAAUCAUGGCAUAAAACUUUGUAUCUGUUUUUCUGAAACAUCACACAACUAAGGCAUGUUUUAAUACUGUUAAAUUCUACUUAAAACUUCCCAUAAGCUUAAGCCCGAUGCUGAAAAGGGUGAGAAGGCAUGGCCUCUGUACCUCAAUAAUAGGGGCCGUCCCAUUGGUGACUAUACUGAGAAAUGGGGAAAGUAUGUGGGGGCGGAGAACCGUGUGUACUGCAAAUAUCCUCUCCAUUUAGAAUGGGGUGAUGAACAUAAUAGGUCAUUUGACGAUUUCUUUAUAAGAUGUCAGAAGGAUUAUGAGUUUCUCCUCGUGGAUCCUAAUCAGCCUCUCUCGGAUCAUAUUGUUUAUCGAGGAAUGAAGUCUCAGCUGCAGGAGAGGGUCCGAUAUAAUAGGUGUCAGGUAAAACAUGAGUGUUAUGAGGUGUGGAAAAAUACUCCCGAAGCAGAGAGGGAGGCUCUUUGACGUACUCUGGUGUUUUUUUGGAUUGAUAAAGACUCAUGAGCUACAUUGUGCAUAUAUUAUGAUUCAGAGGGCGUACUCCGACGUUUUCUUAAUUUGGUCCAGUCAUGUGCAUCGCACGGGUAACAACUGAAUUAAUGGAGCGGGUCAUCGAAAAGGCAACCUCGUCAGGGGUCGAUUCAACCCCAGAGGAUGAUGCACUUUCUUUCAUCCAGAUGUUAGAUUCCUUGCACGGAGGGCAUCACGGUGGUUAUGAAAGAGCUAUGGGCAUUGGUGUCACUCGGUCUUAUUUGAGGGCGUCCAACAUAUCAGAAAUCGGCACUUCUAAUCAGGAGCUACGUCGCGAGGUUGUUGAUCUUAGAGCUCGGGUAUCUGAGAUGGACAGUCUUAGGGAGGAGCUUAGGUUUCAGAUGCAUUGGAUUAAUAACAAUAUGGUUAAUUCUCAGGGCGAUUGUCAUGCUCACACUCCUAAUGAUCCACCAUCUUUUACUCGUCCUGUUCUAAUUCCUCAGCCCGCUGCCAAUAUACUACAUUCUGCUCAUCCUGCUUCGACUUGUAAUACUUCUACUUCCAGUGCUCAAGGUUUAUCACAGGAGAAUCUUGUUAGGAUAUUUGCAGACUUGAGGCGUUCAGGUUUGUCCCAAGAGGACAUUCUUCGAGGAAUCUCUUCUUUUCCUUGACUUGAUUGAUUAUGUUGUGUAUUUUGGAUAUUAGAGACAAAUAUAUAAUAUUAGAUGCUUUUCAUUGUGAGAUAUUGAGUAAUCAUUAUGUAUGUAUAUGUUUUGUCACUAAGUAUAUUGAGUAAACAUUGUGUAUGAAUAUAUAGCAUUGGAUAUUUAGCAAAG